GUCAAAAAUCAACAAAAGAUCUUGGAGAUUGUGAAGAGAUGGCCGACAGGAUCAGUCAGUUACCUGAUGAAUUGCUAUUGAAGGUACUAUUUUUUCUUCCAACAAGAACCGCUGUAAGCACGAGUGUUUUGUCGAAGAGAUGGGAGUUUCUUUGGAUGUUUUUGCCUAAGCUUGAGUACGAGUAUACCAAUCUCUCAUCCUCUGAAAAAUUGACUUUAAGGGCUUUUGUUAAUUUAAAUAUGCCUUUACAUAAAGCUCCCAUCAUAGAAACCUUUCGUCUCAACUUGACCAAUAGCGUUGGAUCAAUUAAGUCUAAGGAUAUCAAACUGUGGGUUGUAAUUGCAGUUUCUCGCUGCCUCCGUGAGUUAAGUAAACCUAGUAGUUUGUAUACCUGCGAAUCGCUAGUGGUCUUGAAACUGAUAGACGAAAUAUUCGUGGAUGUUCCUCGUAUAGCUUAUCUUCCCUCUUUGAAAACUUUGCUCCUUCGACGUGUGACUUACUUAAAUGACAAGUCUCUUCAGCGACUUCUUUCCAGUUGCCCUGUUCUUGAGGAUCUUGUUAUGGAACGAGUUUCAUUGGACUUUCCCGGCUAUCCGGAGGAUUUAGUACCAUUGAAUGUAACCAUGCCGUCCUUGCAGAGACUAGCUCUAAAAAUAAGAAGAUAUGUUGAUUUGAGUGAGCUUGUCAUAAACACUCCUUGUUUGAAGUAUUUCAAAUUACUUACACACUAUGAUUGUGAAAGUGAAGUUAAUCCUAGCUACUUUUACGAUUUUAAAGAUAUGCCUAAGUUAGAGGAUGCUGAUAUCGAAUCUAGAUACCCUGAUACCAACAACUUUAUUAGAUCAAUCACAUCCGUCAAGCGGCUUUCGUUAUGCAUAAGAUCAUUCAACGCGGAAGAGGCUUUCAAUUGUGACGGUAUUGUCUUCAACCAGCUUAAGAAUUUGAAGCUAUGUCCAUGUGAUACAAAUUGAUCAAAGUUACUUCCCCUGUUGCUCGAGAAAUCUCCUAAUUUACGAGAGCUAGAGAUUGAUCUGAACGAUGAUCAUAAAGAUAGUUGUGUGGAUCCACCACUGGUUUCCUUGGAGAGUGAAUUGAGUCCUAUUCCUGAGUGCAUGAGGUCGAGUCUCGAAACUUUCAAGUGGAAAGGGAUACAUGGAUCGCAGAAAGAGGUAGAUGUGGUUAAAUACAUUUUGAGAAAUGCUUGUUGCUUAAAGACUGCGGCAAUCUCGUCUCGGUCUACUCCAGAGACAGAGGAUAAACGUAAGGUGAUGAUCCAGGAGUUGUCACUUUCUUUUCGAAGUUCAGCAACAUGCCAACUGGUGCUUGAGUGAAGAUAUCGAAUAUAGGAUUCUCACUUGCAUUUAUAUGAAUAUUGAUGAUCUUAAACAGCGGUUUUGUG